AUGAAGAAGAACACCAGCAAACCUACCAUGAGGAUCAAUAAGCAAGAUGCUCUCUGCACCCCACACUCCCAUGAUCCAGGACAUCUUCAAAAUAUGUUGGAUGGAGGAGAGUAUGCCCCUUUUGUAUCUCCUCCCAUGUUAGAGAGCAAUUUUAUCCAGGUCAACAGGAGAGGUGAAUCCAUUUACCUUCAUAACCGAGCCAACUGGGUGACUGUAGGCAUCUGUUCUUCCAGCUCCACCCACAAAAUCCCCAAUGUGAUGCUACUGGCACAUCUGACACCUGGUGCUCAAAAAGACACAGAACCCCUGUUUAAAAGUCUCCUGACAUCUCCUCCUGCAGAGAAACUGGUGCUCACCAGGUUUCUCCCUCUGCAGUUUGUGACUCUUUCUGUGCAUGAUGCUGAGAACAUGCGCCUGAAAGUAAAGCUGGUGAGUGGUCGAGCCUACUACUUACAGCUCUGCACCUCUGCAUGUAAACAGGACACCUUAUUUUCUCAGUGGGUGGCCCUCAUCUCCCUCUUGAAUCAGGAGAAAGCCAAAGUUUCCAAAGUGUCAGAGAUUUCAAGUCUCUCAGGAAUUACGAAUAGCACGGACAUCACAGGCUCCUUGGACGUGAUGGAUAUCACAGCGUUCACAGCCAUCCCGACCCCAUAUGUGCAGGCAGUUACAGACCCUGUACAUGUCAGGGACAGCAUAGAUUUCUCGGAAUUCACAGACAUCACCGACAUCACAGAUGUCACAGAUCUUCCAGAAAAUGAGGUCCCAGAGGUCCCAGAUGUAAGAAUUGUCACAGAAGUCACAGAAGUCAGAGAAGCCACAGAAGUUACAGACAACUUGGAUGUUACAAAAUGCUCAGGAGUCACAGUCGUGUUUGAAAAUGAUGACUUAAUCAGGGCCAAGCAAGAGGAGGAGGAAAAAAUAAAAGACAUUCUGAAGCCUGGGUGUCUACAAGAUACAAAAAGUAAGAGUGAGUUGAAAGAAUCCCCAAAACAUGUCACCAUCUCAAACAUAACUGUGACUUUUGAAGGUAAAGGAUAUUUUCAAACUACCUUGACUCCAGUAGAAAGUGAGGCAAAUACAUCCAAGGAGAUGGAGGAUAAGACCUCUGAAGAAAAGACACCUGAUUUUAAGAGCACGGCUCUCAAGCCUGAAGAAUCCAGGAGCUUGAGAACAGAAUCAAACACUUCGGUUCUCUCCCCUCAUAUCAAAUCUUCUUCUAAUUUUCUCAAGCUUGUGCCUCAUCUGUCUCCCCUUUUCUCAAGGGAAUGA